AUGACCCUUGACAACAGCGUUACUAAGGAAGGUGAUACAUUUGACGAGGACCAUUAUAACAACAGCGAUACUAACGAUUCUAAGGAAGGUACUAAAUGUGACGAGGACCAUUAUAACAACAGUGAUACUAAUGAAGGUGAUGAAUGUGACGAGGACCAUUAUAACAACAGCGAUACUAAGGAAGGUGAUAAAUAUGACGAGGACUAUUAUAACAACAGCGAUACUGAGGAAGGUGAUAAAUGUGACGAGGACUAUUUUAACAACAGCGAUACUGAGGAAGGUGAUAAAAGUGACGAGGACCAUUAUUACAACAGCGAUACUAAGGACCAUUAUAACAACAGCGAUACUGAGGAAGGUGAUAAAUUUGAAGAGGACCAUUAUAAUAACAGCGAUACUAAGGAAGGUGAUAAAUAUGACGAGGACUAUUAUAACAACAGCGAUACUGCGGAAGGUUAUAAAUAUGACGAGGACCAUUAUAACAACAGCGAUACUGUGGAAGGUUAUAAAUAUGACGAGGACCAUUAUAACAACAGCGAUACUGUGGAAGGCGAUAAAUAUGACGAGGACUAUUAUAACAACAGCGAUAUUGAGGAAGGUGAUGAAUGUGACGAGGACUAUUUUAACAACAGCGGUACUGAGGAAGGUGAUCAAUGUGACGAGGACCAUUAUAAUAACAGCGAUACUAAGGAAGGUGAUAAAUAUGACGAGGACUAUUUUAACAACAGCGAUACUGAGGAAGGUGAUAAAUGUGACGAGGACCAUUAUAAUAACAGCGAUACUGUGGAAGCUGAUAGAUAUGACGAGGACUAUUAUAACAACGGCGAUACUGUGGAAGGUGAUAGAUAUGACGAGGACUUUUAUAACAACAGCGAUACUGUGGAAGGUGAUAGAUAUAACGAGGACUAUUAUAACAACAGCGAUACUAAGGAAGGUGAUCAAUGUGACGAGGACCAUUAUAAUAACAGCGAUACUGUGGAAGGUGAUAGAUAUGACGAGGACUAUUAUAACAACAGCGAUACUGAGGAAGGUGAUAAAUAUGACGAGGACUAUUUUAACAACAGCGAUACUGAGGAAAGUGAUAAAAGUGACGAGGACCCUUAUAACAACAGCGAUACUAAGGAAGGUAACAAAUAUGACGAGGACCAUUAUAACAUAGCUAUUUCCAUAGUAAUAUACAUAUCAAAAUACAGCGGUACUGAGGAAGGUGAUAAAUAUGACCAGGACUAUUAUAACAACAGCGAUACUGUGGAAGGUGAUAAAUAUGACAAGGACUAUUAUAACAACAGCGAUACUAAGGAAGGUGAUAAAUGUGACGAGGAGCAUUAUAACAACAGCGAUACUAACGAUACUAAGGAAGUUGAUAAAUGUGACGAGGAGCAUUAUAACAACAGCGAUACUGAGGAAGGUGAUAAAUAUGACGAGGACUAUUAUAACAACAGCGAUAUUGAGGAAGGUGAUGAAUGUGACGAGGACUAUUAUAACAACAGCGGUACUGAGGAAGGUGAUACAUGUGACGAGGACUAUUAUAACAACAGCGAUACUAAGGAAAGUGAUAAAUGUGACGAGGAGCAUUAUAACAACAUCGAUACUGAGGAAGGUGAUAAGUAUGACGAGGACUAUUAUAACAACAGCGAUACUGAGGAAGGUGAUUAA